GACGGAGCACCUCCACUCUCUCUCUCUCUCUCUCUCUCUCUCUCUCCCUCUCUGUGCGUCUACUCUGAUCCAGCAGAUAUCAGCGUCUGCUGGGAUGACCGGCGCAUAUCAGCCCAGGAAGGAGAAGAUAAGGAUGAGGAAAGAGUGAAAAGUGUGGAGGGACAAAAAAAAAAAAAAAAAAAUCCUGGAGCGCUUGUGCACACACUCAGCACGGUUUUGUUCUGCAGCUGCAAAGUGCUGUUUAGAGCCAAAUUCGUCGGCGUGUGCAGCUGCCUGGGGCUUUGGUUGGAGCACCUGCUCUGAGGCGCAACGCUUUCUCCUGACAUUCCUCAGGAUUGCACCAGCAAGACGCAUCGUCGCUCUCCUGUACGCAGGUCCAGGAUGGUGUUAAGUCGGACUGCAGCUGGGCAGCACAUCGUUUUUGCUCUCAUGCUGCUGCUCUCUUCAGGCUCUGGUGCAACCUCUUCCGUUGUUAACAUGCGCAGGAUUACCCAUCCUGCAGUUCACCAGUCGCUGGCAGGCAAAGCUGUCCUCCCCUGUGCCUUCACCCUCAGGACCAGCUCCUCUGUCCAGACUCCACACCUCCUGUGGACUCACACCAAGCCACCACCAGGAGGGCAUGAUGCUCCACUGGAGCAGAUAGUACUUUCAGCUAAAGGAGAUGUAAUCAAGGUGAAUAAGGCUUUCAGUGGCCGUGUCACGCUGCCAGGAUACUCUGCCAAUCCCCUGAAUGCUACCAUGGAGAUCUCCAGUCUCCGUACCAACGACUCAGGCACUUACCGCUGUCAGGUUGUGGUGGGCAGCGACUAUGAGAGAGACACUGUGCCCCUGCUGGUCUCCGGAGUCGUGUUUCACUACCAGGCUCCGAACACCCGCUAUGCCCUCUCCUUCGCCGAGGCCCAGCGAGCCUGCCAGGAGAACUCGGCUCUGAUGGCAUCGCCGGCGCAGCUGUGGGCGGCGUACCGUGACGGUUUGGCCAGCUGCUCGGCUGGAUGGUUGGAUGAUCAGACCGUCCGAUAUUUGGUCCAGCUGCCGGAGCUGGGUUGCUAUGGACACAAGGAGUACUCUGCUGGAGUGAGGAAUUAUGGGAAGAGAGACCCGAAAGAGAUGUUUGAUGUGUACUGUUUUGCUGAAGAACUCGACGGCGAAGUGUUUCACACCUCGGUUCCAGGCAGACUCUCGCUGUCUUCAGCCUCAGACCGCUGCGUGUCCCUCGGGGGCCAGCUGGCCACAGUGGGGCAGCUUUAUCUGGCGUGGCGGGCCGGUCUGGAAAGCUGCGCCCCGGGCUGGCUCUCUGAUGGCAGCGUCCGCUACCCCGUUGCCUGGCCUCGGCCGCAAUGUGGAGGGAGUCAGCCGGGGGUCCACACCAUCACACCCAACACCACUGCUGACAACACCACUGCCUUAUAUGGUGCCUACUGCUACAGAGGUAAAGCGAAGGAUACGGGCUCCAUCUCGGAGAUUUACACCUCCCUGUGGAAGCCCUGGAGCUAUCUCACAGGUGAUGCUGACUCUGCAGAGGCAGAAAGCUCCAACGUGACAACACAGCACACCGCCACGCUGACAGAUUCCUCCGAAAGCAGCAGAGUUUCUCCCUCCAACUGGACAGGCCUGGUUGAUCUCGGAGAAGAGGAGUCCUCCAACAGCAGCACUGUGGAUCCCUGGUCCUCAGAGUCCUCAGACUUAUUCGUGACCCUUCAGCUGAGCCCAGGGCAGAGGCUGUUUGACUGGGGGGAGCUGAUGGAGCCUGAGCCCGAUUCAGGGGAGUUUCUGCAGCCCCUGGUCCACCCAACUCCAACGGAAAAAAAAGCAAUCACAAAAAUUGUGAAAUCAAUUUGGAAACCCUGGAACUACCUGAUGGGAGCAGAUGACGAGGAAGCAACCAAAGCCCCUCCUGGACACGAUGGGGACGAGGAGACGACAACGAGACAGACGGACAAGGAGCCCAAAGCUUCCGGCCCAGUUUCUCCAGGUAUAUUUUCCUGGGGGAGUUCAUGGUUCAGCAGUCCACCUGCCGAGUCUACGCCGUCCAAAGAAGAUUCUCCCACACACCCGGCUUCAACUCCUACUUCCUCCGGUAACUCUCUGACAACAGAGCUAUCCGUAAGCUCGGAGGUGCACACCCUCAGUCCCUCCAGCUCUUCAAGCGAAGCCACCUUCACCAGCAAAGAAACCUGGAUCACUGUCCAAAUGGAGACCACGACCACGCCGGCUGACAAGAAAGAGGAGACCUCCAGAGCCAGCGGCAGGGGGGGGAGAGGAAGGGGCAAGAAACACAGAGGGGAGGAUAGGAGCAGAGGAGAAGACAAAAGGAAGGCAGAGGAGAGGGGGAAGGCAGAGGAAGAAGGGAGCGGUGAAAUCACCGGUGCAGAGGCAAAAGGCGAGAUUCACGUCUCACGCCGACCGGCUGAAGCGAAUAAACCGAGAGAGAGAUCCAGAGAAAGAUCCAGAGAGAGGGGUCAUAGAAAAGGACAGUCCACCACAACCACUACCACCACUGCCAUCAGUCCUCUAGUGACCACAGAGAUGACCACAGCUGGGACUGAGGACGACUCCGCUACAUCCACAGGGCAGUUCACUUUAUCAGCAGCGGAAAACUCACCUCCAUCUACCCCACAAGAACUAAGCCAAACUCUGUCAUCUUCUCCAUCCCCACCACCCUCACCCUCACCUUCACCCUCCAUGUCCUCUUCUCAGUCACCUGAAUCCCUGUCAGAGUCUCAACCCUCACACCCGUCUCUGUCCCAUGCCUCGACCUCCUCCUUCUCACCUCCAAAUAGCUCCCCCUCCGCCUCACAUUCCCAGAUCUCAACCCUGUCUCCCUCACCACCACCAACUCCUUCUAAUCCCACUACUCAGCCUCAAACCACAGGAUUGGCUCCUUCACCUCAGGCAGAUAUCAAGGACAGCUACAAUGACUCCCUAACAUCCCUUCACUUGGUCCCAGAGGAGAAGGUGGCUGCAAACGGCUCUCUGGAUUAUCCGCUGUCUCUGUUGGGACCCCAGGAUGAUGAGGAGUCUGCUUGGUCUCAUGCUGUAGGCUCAGGGACCCUCUUGCCGGGUGUAAUAGAUGAAAACAGCAUCCAAGGAGGGGAAAACAUCAGUUCCACAACUGUCAAUCCGACAGCUGAGGUGGAGCCCUGCGUGACUAACCCGUGUCUGCAUGGAGGAAAGUGCCUUCCUCGGGGGACGGGCUACAGCUGCUACUGCCCACAAGGAUACGCUGGGGAGAACUGCGAGAUCGACGUCGACGACUGCCAGUCCGAGCCCUGUGAAAAUGGAGGAACUUGCGUCGACAAGAUUGAUUCAUUCCUCUGCCUCUGCCUGCCAAGCUACGGAGGAGACACGUGUGAGAAAGAUAUUGAAGGUUGCGAGCACGGCUGGAGAAAGUUUCAUGGCCACUGCUACAGGUACUUCAGCCACAGACACACCUGGGAGGAUGCAGAGAAGGACUGCAGAGAGCACAGUUCCCAUCUCAGCAGUGUCCUCUCCGCCGCUGAGCAGGAGUUUAUUAAUGGUCUGGGUCACGACAAUGCCUGGACUGGUUUGAAUGAUCGCACAGUGGAGGAGGACUUUCAGUGGACAGACGGCAAUGACCUGGUUUAUGAGAACUGGAGGGAAAGCCAGCCGGAUAACUUCUUUGCAGGAGGCGAGGACUGUGUGGUGACCAUUGCCCAUGAGGACGGCAAGUGGAACGAUGUGCCCUGCAACUACAACCUGCCCUACAUCUGCAAGAAAGGCACAGUGCUGUGUGGGACCCCGCCAGCCGUGGAGAACGCCCAUUUGAUAGGUCGGCGGAGGUCACAUUAUGACAUCCAUUCAGUGGUGCGCUACCAAUGCUCCGAGGGGUUCUACCAGCGCCACAUCCCGACUUCUCGCUGCCGGGCCGACGGCAGCUGGGAGCGCCCCAGGAUCAUCUGCACAAAGUCUCGGCGUUCCCACCGAUACAGACGCCACCAUCACAACCAGCACCAUGAACGUCGCAGGAACAGGAGACACGGAGGGGAAGGCCACAAAGCCCGGGACGAUGCUCACAGCUACUACUGAACCAAAUAAUACAAACACCUGCACCUCCGAGGUGCUAACCGCGGCCCGUACAGACAGAGAGUAGUUCCCAUAUUCCUGCUUCUCCCCUCGCGCUCAGCUUAGCUUUUACUACUUUUGAUAAAUAAGGUUGUCUCUAACAUCAAGCUAACCUCCACUGUCCUAUUUCUGAGUUUGGGUUGUUUUUGAUGCUUCUUUUAACCGGGCUGUGAACACCUCUCUAACUUAUUCGCCUAAAUAACAUACAAUAACCCUCUCCCUACCUGUCAGAUCGACAUCGGUGUGUAAAUGUGCGUGAGUGUAUGCAUGUCAGCUGGAAACUUAGAGAAACGUCUCUUUUUUCAUUGGAUUUCCUUUUGUUCUACGUGGGAAACGAACUCGUCCUGCUGGUCUGCUCACACAGACGGCUGCGAGGCAAGCCGGCGCGCGUUCCUUUGUAACCCUGAGCUGUUUGUGUGUUUGCUGUUAGCUGUCGCUUUUAUUGUUUUUUUCCAUUAAGCUCUUUUUAAUAGCUGCUCUGUUUUAUUCUUACUGACCUGCUUUUUCUAAUAUUUGCUGUUUGUGUAAUGUUACUAUUUAUUACGGAUGAUCUGCUAGUGCAAACUCUUUCUUUUGUACUUACUCUCCAGGACGUCGGUGUAACACCAUUUUUUCUAUACCAGUUGGUGACGAAUCAUUUGGUUUCCUCCAAUCUCUGGUUUGUAAACAUGUUCUGUGUUAUUUAGCUGAUCAAUUGCUGGACUCUGUCUAAAUCGACCCCUUCAGAAUGAUGUCCCAUAGAGUCACAGUGGAUUGUGUGGGUGGGAAUGGGGAAAAAGCUUGAGAUAAGCAGUUGAUUGUACCAGAUUUGCUAAACAUCUUGAACCUUUGCACGGCUGUAUUUACCUGAUGGGUAGAAUGUCACUAUUUUUUUCUCUCUUUAGUCCCUUUGAUAUUUGAUCAGUCAUCUACUUUUUUGGUGUUCCUAUGACUUUUUGUCUUGCUGUUGUAUUUCAUUCUUAAUAAAGUGAGUAAAACGAAAUUCAAAA